UUCAACUCGAGCAAGCAAGGGGAAGAAAAAGGCCACAGGAACCAGGGGCGGCGACUCGCUUCGUACUGCUCGCCCCCCGCUUCUCCCCUCCCCUCUCUACCCACCCCAAUCUCUCCGCCGGCGAUCGCCGGGGCGCGCGCCGCCUCCGCCGGGAGGCCUCCCCCUCGCCAUGGCCCUGCAGGGGAAGAAGCUCAUAAACAACCCCGACGAUGUGGUGACGGAGUUCAUCGAGGGGCUGGUGGAGACCUACCCGGGCCUGCAGUACCUGGACGGGUUCCCUGAGAUUAAAGUUGUUCUUCGCGCUGAUGCUGUGGGCGGUGCCUAUGACAAGGUUGCUGUCAUCUCAGGUGGUGGAAGUGGCCAUGAGCCAGCCCAUGCGGGAUUUGUUGGGCCAGGAAUGUUGACAGCGGCUGUUUCUGGAGAUGUUUUUGCUUCUCCACCUGUUGAUUCUAUUUUAGCUGCUAUUCGAGCUGUAACGGGCACUAUGGGAUGCCUUCUGAUAAUAAAGAACUACACUGGUGAUAGACUUAAUUUUGGAUUAGCUGCUGAGCAGGCAAAAUCUGAAGGCUAUAAGAUAGAGAUGGUAAUUGUUGGAGAUGAUUGUGCCCUUCCCCCGCCUCGGGGGAUAGCUGGUAGAAGAGGUUUAGCAGGAACAAUUCUUGUGCAUAAGGUUGCUGGGGCUGCUGCAGAUGCUGGUUUAUCUCUUGCAGAUGUCGCUGCAGAAGCAAAACAUGCAUCUGAGGCUGUUGGUACAAUGGGAGUAGCACUUUCUGUUUGUACGUUGCCUGGGCAAGUGACAUCUGAUCGUUUAGGUCCUGAGCAAAUUGAGCUUGGCCUUGGAAUUCAUGGAGAACCUGGUGCUGCUGUUGUUGAGCUACAGACAGUUGAUGUGGUGGUUGAACAUGUUCUUAAGCAGAUACUAUCACAGGAAACUCAGUAUCUUCCUAUCACAAGAGGGAGCAAUGCCGUUCUCUUAAUCAACGGAUUAGGCGCUACUCCUGUCAUGGAGCUUAUGAUUGCAGCAAGAAAAGCAGUCCCUGAGUUACAGUUGGAGUAUGGGAUUGCUGUUGAUAGAGUCUACACUGGCACAUUUAUGACAUCACUUGAUAUGGCUGGACUUUCUAUCACCAUUAUGCGCUCAGAUGAAAACAUUUUGCAGCGACUUGACGCUCCCACUAAAGCUCCAGCUUGGCCUGUUGGUUCUGAAGGAAAUCGCCCACCAGCAAAAUUUCCGGUUCCAGUACCACCAUCACCUUCAAUGAAGGAUGACGAGAUUCUUUCAGAACGCCAGGAACUAAGCAAGCAAGGAUGUAUGUUGGAGGCUGCUAUUGAAGCAGCUGCUAAAGAACUCAUUGAUCUCAAGGAUAACCUAAAUGAUUGGGACAGUAAAGUCGGUGAUGGUGACUGUGGAACUACGAUGUAUAGAGGUGCAACAGCUAUUCUUGAAGAUAUGAAAACACGUUAUCAUAUGAAUGAUGCAGCUGGAACAGUAAAUGAGAUUGGCUCAACAAUCCGGAAGGUGAUGGGUGGAACAAGUGGAAUCCUGUAUGACAUACUCUGCAAGGCUGCAUAUGCAAGCUUAAAACAAAACAAAAAUAUUACGGCAUAUGAAUGGGCUGAUGCUUUAGAAGCUUCUAUUGCUGCUGUUAGCAAAUAUGGUGGUGCCAGUGCAGGAUACCGCACGAUGCUGGAUGCUCUAAUUCCCGCUUCUACAGUUUUGAAACAGUCUCUUAAAGCCGGGGAUGAUCCGGUGACUGCAUUUAUCGCUUCUGCUGAAGCAGCAGCAGCUGGUGCUGAAUCCACUAAACAAAUGCAAGCAAAGGCAGGACGGUCAUCGUACAUUUCUCCAGACCACCUGGUUUCAAUUCCUGACCCAGGAGCAAUGGCUGCAGCUGCAUGGUACCGAGCCGCAGCGCUUUCGGUGAAGAACAAGCUGCAUGCUUCAGAAAGCUAGUAGUAGUGCAUGCUAUGCAUGCCUCCUUCACAGUCCAAAAUACUAUACUGACGGCGAAAUCCUCAGGGGCCUUUGUCAAUCCCUCUGAUUUGAUUUCCGCUUGUGCUUUGCAUGAGCCGAGAAAUCGAGUUCCGUAUUGUUUUGUGCUGAGAGCAGUUCAAAGGAUUUGUAGACGUUUACAAAGGUUGAGUGAAACUAUGCUUUUGCCUUACUGGUGAAGUGAUGAUGAUCUGUGUGUGUGUGCGCGCCGUGUGGUCAAUUGUGUUGAUACUAACGAUUGUUGUCUAUUUUUACCUGAACGGCCUGAAUCACAUCAGUUCUUUCA